CAUUCUCACCAUGAGCCAUAUUCACCCAUGAUCAUAAUACCAUGGCCACAAUCAUUGAGGUGGCGAUUCUGUGAGUGAUUUUUUCCAAAACUAAACUUCACUGCAGUUGUAUCCAAGGGAAAAUACAACUAUAGCUGCCUGCACUGUACUCUACGUCCCGUCAACUCAGUCUCAAAUGGGAGGCUAAAUCUCCCGCCAGCCUCGUUUUAACGUCCCAACGUAACACCCCCACCAUGCAAGACGUAUCGCGUCUCAUGGUGUGAGGCUCUUUGAUUGUCCUUUUCUCCAUAUCAUUUCUUAAUCUCGUUUUUACGUCCUCAUUUCCUGUCUCGGGAAAACUUAUGUCACACCGACCAGUGGGUCUGUCUCAACUAGCUCCCGGAGGCUCAAAUGAUCAUGGUCCCUUGCUGCUUCGAUUGAGGCUCUUCUCCGACUAACAAGUGGACUCCACUUUAUAUAAGUUGCCCCUCAUACCCUCUCAAGGGUGCGACUCUCAUAAUAGAUUUCAGUCUCGUCUCUAAAAACAACAUUCUCUGCGAUGCAAUCAGCCUCCCGUCGUCCAUCUUCAAUACGUUUGGUGCAUAUAAGUGCACCCUGUUCAUCGCUUCCUAGCCGCCCAUGAAUUCCCUGGAAUCAUUGCCAAACGAGCUAUGGUGGGCUAUUGCAUCUUCAUUAGAAAUCGAGGAUGUCAUCAGCCUGUCUAGGACAUCGAGGCGGUUAUAUCAAUACGUUUUUAGUGACCAGGUCUCUAGGGCUGUGGCUCAGUCCAAAAUACCAUUAAGCAGAGAAUUCGUCAGGGCGACACAAAGAGGCACGAGCUCGGCGCAAGCCUUGCGUAAAUGGGCCAAGAAGACGGAAGCAUUGGCAACGGCGAAACCGUACUCGGUCGCCAUCGUUGGGGUAGGGCAAACUUAUAUGUACUCCAAAGGUGCUCUGUGGUACAUGCACAACGGUACACUGCGUCUUCUGGAAACACGGCAAUCCCCUAUCGAGGAACCAGUUAUUGAUCUAUCUGGUCUUCUCGAUAAGACUGCUUUUAAGGCGCAGUCAAAGGUUGCGGGAUCGUUCUCGUUCCUUCAUUAUCAUGAGGGUGUUCUGUCCUGUUUGUUCAGAUACGCUCACCCAAGACGCGGAGGCUGGCUUAUUGCCGUGGACGUUAAAAAACCGGCUAUUCUCCUCAGCACUGAGGUAACUUCAACUGAAAAACUCUUUGCGCGUCAUGAUGGGGACUAUCUCUAUUACGGAGUCCAUAUCUCCAACGACUAUGACAACCGCAAGAGGUGGGUUCUUCAUGGGUAUGAUUUAAAGAACGGCAAGUUUCUGGGACGCAAUAACUUCCUCUAUGAUCUAAUUGGUGGUGAGAUUGGCUCUACUAUCUGCUUCGAAGUCGUGGGUGGCUUUUUCUACGCUGUUUCCAACCAGACAACUUAUGAAGUGGAAGAGGUAGACUGGACGUCUUUCUACCAUGGCAGACGAUUUCCACUCAACAAUCCAUCUGAGAAGAAGCUAGAAAAAACAGAAGAUCAGUGUAUGUGGCGCCGCCAGCACCUCGAAGGGCCUCUAGACGAUCGCUGGACGAGCCUUGCACUUGCAAUCGACGAAACAACCGGCCAACUCACAAUCGUGGAGUCACGCAAGGAGUGGCUCGAGGGCCGCACCGUCGGCCAAAGAACAGUUUACAAAACCAAAGUUGUUUUUCCCAAGCGGCCAGUCACGAAGAACAACAGCAGCAGCUCCCCCCAAGCUAAUGCUGCACCCGCACUGUCGCCCGCCUCACCAUAUACGUUUCAGCCAUUCGGCACAGUUCCUCUCCAAGUGCAGCACCCCACGGAUUACCCCUCCUCCUCAUCCUCCUCCUCCUCCGAACACCAGCGUCGCAAAGAAGAUUUAGCAGUACUAACCCAAGACCGCCUCGCGCUCACCAUAACCGCCUCCAACAAACCGCACUUCUCUCCUUCCCAGGUCCGCCUUCCCAGGAACGUGCACGCAGAGUCUAUUACUCCGCCAGGUCAGCGCUCCUUCGUCAUCAGCAAGACGUCAGCGAGAUGCUAUGAUAUGUCCGCCAGCACGUUUGUGGAUCUCGUCAAUGACAUCCCGCACCCUGAUCCAGGAGUGCAGCAGUGUCUGCGCAUCCGGGCAUGUUCGCGCCGCCGCAAGGGGCCCGCGCGUGGGGGUGACGGUAUUAUCGCACCUCUAGCACGCGAUCCGGAGACCGGCGAGCUGGAGGAGGAAGAGGGGUUGGAUGAGGAGUAUGAAGACGGCCCCGUCGAGAUGUGGCCGCCGGCACCGGAUGCACAGGGGAAGUAUAGCGAGGCUGGACGGGACCUCCACGUGCUGAUGAAUCCGCCGGGGUAUAUGGGUAAGGUGCACGGGACUUUUGAUGGGACGGGGUUGGUUUAUUCGACGGGGGGGGAGGGGGGACAGAAGGCGAUUGUGUUGGUGAAUUUUGAUCCCGCGGUGCAUCUAAGGGGAUUGAGGAAGUGCUCGAUGGAUGAUUUGGGCCCGGGUGUUGCUGCUGUAUCUACUACUUCUCGGGCCUCGACGGCCCAGGCAUCUAGCGGAGGAGCAUCACCUAAACGGCCUAACUCCUCGAUUUUCACCACGGCAGAGUUUGGUAUGAAGGGGUCCUACCACCACUUACCAAAACGCGCAAAGACAACCUCCUCAUCACCUCCUCCCCCCUCCCCAGCCGCAGCACCAGCACCGACUGCAAAGCACCCAAACUGCUCCUGGCUCCGCCGCGAAGCAGCAAUGUACCUCUCCAUAUCACGAGGCCUCGAUUUCGGCUUAUGACUAUCUAGCGUAACAGUGUGCGUAGUUCAAACAAUACAAAAUACAACAUUUUCU